AUGCCCAACACUUUUUCCGGUAAGAAUGUCCUUGUCACUGGAGCCACCAGCGGAAUCGGAAAAGCCACGGGUCUCAGAUUCCUGGAGCUCGGGGCGAAGGUUCAGGUCACCUUUCUUGGACGAAACAAGGAAGUGCUGGAGCAGAUUUUCGAGCAGCACAAGCAUACUGGUCGAGUAUUCACUACUGUUGCUGAUCUCUCUCGAGUCGAAGCCUGCGACACUUCCGUCAGUGAGGCUUUCGACAAGAUGGGGGGGCUCGACAUUCUUGUGAACAACGCGGGGAUUUUGAUCGCUCGUGGGAAAAAUGUUCUAACGACGACGGUGGAUGAGUUCGAGCAAACCAUGAAUACCAACUUGCGCGCGCCUUUCUUCCUCAUCCAGUCUGCAGCGAAAAGAAUGCAAAGAGGAUCUGUGAUCGUCAACGUCGGGAGCUUGGCUGGAACGAGAACCAUCCCCAACCUCACGAGCUACAGCGUCAGCAAGGCAGCGCUAGAGUCCUUGACGAAAUGCGCCGCCUUGGAACUCGCCGAUCGGGGCAUCCGGGUGAACAGCAUCAACCCAGCGACGGUGAUGACGGAGAUCUUCAAGCGCUCGGGGAUGUCAGACGAGAUGUGCGACAGUUAUGUCAAGGAGAACGCGAAGCUCCAUCCCCUCGGACGGGUGGGGCAGCCGGAGGAUUGUGCGGCAAUGAUCACUUUCAUAGCCAGCGAUGGCGCAAGCUGGAUGACCGGACAGGUACCUUGA